AUUUUUCCAUUAGCAAACAGUCCUUACCUGCACUUCGCUGUACCUGCAGAAGGUGAACGGGCCCGGCGGAGGUGGAUGGUGGCCAUUCCAUUAGCUAGACGCUGAUUGUUAGCACAUUUCACCAUAGUUACAAAAAAAACGUUAGGCGUUAAUUGAGCACGUGCGGCUGAAACUGUGCCUUCGGUUAACGCCAGCCAGCUGCAUUUAACGUUUAUUACUGUUAACUUAACCACCAUGUCAGAAAAGGCUCCUCUCCUACAUUACCGACUCGCCGCCACGAACGGCCCGGAGCCGAAAGAUGUGUCCAAACAGAGCGGGACCAAGGCGGGCAGAGACUGCCGACGGUCCAAGGAGAAAACGGCCCGCAAGCUCGGAGUGGUGUUUGGCGUGGUCAUACCAACUUUACUGUCCAUGUUUAGCGUCGUUGUGUUCCUGCGAAUUGGAUUUGUUGUGGGUCAAGCAGGGCUCUACGAGUCCAUUGCCAUGUUCCUGGUGGCCUACUUGAUCAUCACGAUGACCGUGCUUUCUGUCUGUGCCAUCUCCACCAAUGGGGCUUUAGAUGCUGGAGGUGCCUACUACAUGAUCAGCCGAGCCCUGGGUCCAGAGUUUGGUGGCAGCAUCGGGAUUAUGUUUUUCUUUGCCAAUGUGUGCUGCACUGCUCUCUACGUUUUGGGUCUAGUCGAGGCUAUCAUGUCUGCCUUUGGCAUCCCAGAAGAGGGUGCAGCAGCUGUUGCAGGUCUCCAUCAGGUGUUGCCUUCAGGAUACUGGUGGUCUCUGCUUUAUGGCACUGUCCUGCUCUUACUAUGUUUCAUUGUCUGCUUGGUGGGAGCCCACAUCUAUGCCAAAGCUGCCUUUAUUAUCUUCAUCAUAGUCACGACGGUCCUGGCUUCUAUUGUCAUCAGUUUUUUCUUUGUGGGGCCCAUUGUGGUGAUUCUUCCAGAUAAAUCUGGUCUAAACAGUACAAGCCUGAGCACCGCCAAUUAUUCUGGCUUCCGGCUCCACACCCUGGAGGCCAACCUAUUGUCCAAUUACACAGUAGACUACACCACUGGUGCCAUGAUGAGUUUUGCCACAGUGUUCGCUGUCAUGUUCAACGGCUGCACUGGAAUCAUGGCAGGCUCCAACAUGUCAGGCGACCUGAAAAACCCCAGCUAUUCCAUCCCAAGAGGAACGCUUGCAGCUGUUAUUAUAACUUACAUCACAUACAAUCUGCUUAGUCUGCUGACUGCGUGGUCCUGUGAACGUCACCUUCUCCAAAGAGACUACAGUUUCCUGGGUGACAUCAAUAUAUGGCCUCCCCUGGUGACAGUUGGGAUUUACUUCUCCACCAUGUCAGCUGCCAUGAGUAACCUGAUAGGAGCCUCCAGGAUCCUGUAUGCCCUGUCCAAAGACAACCUGUUUGGCGGUGUCUUGGCUCUAGUGAGGAAAACAUCUGGGAGUGGAAACCCCUGGGCCUCAGUGCUUGUCUCCUGGUUGCUUGUACAGGUGGUGCUGUUUACCGGUAAAUUGAACACAAUUGCUGGUAUUGUGACUAUCUUCUUUUUGUUGGUCUAUGCUGCUGUGAACCUGUCCUGUUUGGCUCUCGAAUGGGCUUCUGCACCAAACUUCAGACCCUCAUUUCGUUGUUUUACAUGGCAUACCUGCACUCUGGGCAUUCUUGGCUGCCUGGUCAUGAUGUUCCUGAUCAAUGCCAUUUAUGCAUUUGCCAGCAUAGCCUUUAUGCUGCUGCUCUUGAUGUUUAUCCACUACCUCGGUCCCAUCAGCCACUGGGGAUGCAUCAGCCAGGCUCUCAUCUUCCACCAGGUGCGCAAAUACCUGUUGAUGUUGGAUGUGCGUAAGGACCAUGUGAAGUUCUGGAGGCCCCAGGUGCUGCUGAUGGUGGCAAACCCUCGCAGCUGUACAGGUCUCAUGACUUUCAUCAAUGACCUGAAGAAGAGUGGCCUCUAUGUACUGGGACAUGUAAAGCUGGGUUUACUGGAUGGGUUGCCCUCUGAUCCUUUGCAGAACCGUUAUGACUCCUGGCUGUCUCUAGUGGACCAUCUCAACAUCAAGGCGUUUGUCAACCUUACCCUGGCUGACUCUGUCCGACAUGGAGUUCAGAACCUGCUUUUCAUCACAGGCUUUGGCGGAAUGAGGCCAAACACCCUUGUCUUGGGUUUCUAUGAUGACUGCACCCCUCAAGACAACCUCCAAGGUAAAAUUCUCCUGUCUACAGGCCAUGGCUUGGAUGCAGUGAGUCCAUCCAUAGACCCCCGAGAGCAACGAUCUCCCUUCUUCCCCAAUGUGCGGUGCGCUGAGGAACCCAAAGACCUUCAGGAAGAGGAGUAUGUAUCAGUGAUUGCUGACGCUGUAAAAAUGGGGAAGAAUGUGACACUGGCUCGUUACUUCAACCAGUUCAACCGGGAGGCGGUCUUGGGGUCAAGAAAAAAGAUUGGGGGCCACCGAAACAUGUCAGGGCCAUUCGUUGACGUGUGGCCUCUUAAUCUACUUCGACCAGACAGCCGCGGUUAUGUGGACAUCUGCUCACUGUUCUUGUUGCAGCUGGCCUGCGUGCUUCAUGAGACCCGUGCCUGGAGCCAGGCAAGACUCCGCCUCUUCCUAUGUGUGGAGGCCGGUUGCAGUCUGAAGGAAGAGGAGGAGACGAAGCUCCAGGCAAUGCUAAAGGAGCUAAGGAUCUCCGCUCAGGUGCAGAUGGUGGCAUGGGACCAGGUGGUGGCGCUGCACUGGCAGAGACAAGGAGGAAGGGAGAGAGGGAAUCUGGUAAAGUCUGUACAGAAUGAGGAGAGGAGGGAGAGAGAAGAGGUAGCUGAGAAGGAAGAUGAUAUCCAAACGUUUCUCAAUAAUGCUGCGCAGCUGACAGAUGAAUAUAUCUGUGCUGUCAACGAUCUCAUUCGCAGACACAGUGCCCCUCAGCCUGCUGUGCGUUUCCUGUAUUUGCCACGUCCCCCAGCGGACACAAGCCGUUACCGUGCUUACCUGCACCACGUUGACCUGUUGAGUCGAGACCUGGGCCCAACAUUGCUCAUUCAAGGGGUCACCCCUGUGGUCACUACUGACCUCUAAAAUGUUCCUAUCAACUCUUAAUCCAUCAUCAACCCUGAUCUGGUAUUGUUCGUCCAUGGGACUGUGCCUGUGCCACCGCUUUAUUCACCUGAUAUUUAAGCUGUCAACACAGGUAUCAGACCUGACGCUGACACAAACCAUUUUUAUACUUGAGUCAUACCCACAUUUUUCAUUUAUACAGUUAUGUUUCCCUUAUAUUAUUAAGACACUUGGGAAAAUUGAUUUAAUGACCUAACUUCUGUUAGAUAUUGAAAAUUAUGAGUGUUUUAGGCUGUUUAGUCAUCCCCAUGGAUGCAGUUGUAUAAUUUGCACAUAUUGUGGGGUGAAAGGAGGAAAGGUCCCUCAUAGUUAACAUCAGUAAGAAGUAUAUUAGGCCUGUGCUCUUUCUUAACUUUUCAUGCAUUUGUAAAAAAUACUGUUAGCAUAUGGAGACUGCUCUUGAACAUUGUGAACUUUUGAUGUUUUGAACAUGUUAAUAGAAAAAUAAAUUUAAUGAAUUGUUGUAUUA